UGCAGUUUGUCCCUUCCCGACAUCCGUAGCCAAGCAUCUCCAUCUUUGUGUAUUCCACUGUGGAAGUAUCUAUUUAUCAGUAACUACUGGAUUAUAGGAAUAACUACAAAAAGGAAGAACUCGUGGUGAAAUCUCAGGUCACUGAUCAUGUCGGACAAAAGCGAGCUAAAGGCAGAAUUAGAACGCAAGAAGCAACGGCUUGCACAAAUAAGGGAGGAGAAAAAAAGAAAAGAGGAAGAAAGAAAAAAGAAAGAAGCUGAUCAAAAGAAAGACGCCCCUCCACUUCAAGAUGAUUCCGACUUGGAGAAGAAGCGGCGUGAGGCUGAGGCACUGCUACAGAGUAUGGGCAUCACACCUGAUGCACCCGUUGCACCGCCACUCCGAGUAGUAACAGCGGAUACCUGUCUGUUUCACUAUUUAGUCCCUCCACCCAUGUCUCCAUCUUCCAAGUCUGUGAGCACGCCAAGUGAGACAGGGAGCCAAGAUUCUGGUGAUGGCGCCAUUGGAGCUAGGACUCUGCAUUGGGAUGCUGAUCCAUCAGUUCUUCAGCUUCAUUCUGAUUCUGACUUGGGACGGGGCCCCAUUAAACUGGGAAUGGCCAAGGUUACACAUGUAGAUUUCCCCCCUCGUGAAGUUGUGUCAUAUUCUAAGGAAACCCAGACUCCUGUGGUGGCACAGCCAAAAGAAGAAGAGGAUGAAGAGGAGGAGAUUACACCAUCUAAACCUGUAAUUAUAUCUGAGGAAGCAAAGGCCAUUCAAAAGGAGGAGGAAGAAGUUCCUCCUCAUGAAUUGACUGAAGAAGAAAAACUACAAAUCCUGCACACAGAGGAGUUUUUGUCUUUCUUUGAUCACAGCACCCGCAUCAUCGAGCGGGCCCUCUCUGAGCGUGUGGAUGUCUUCUUUGACUAUAGUGGCAGAGACUUGGAGGAGAAAGAAGGGGAGAUCCAGGCAGGGGCCAAAUUGUCCUUAAACAGACAAUUUAUGGAUGAACGUUGGUCAAAGCAUCGCGUUGUUACUUGCUUGGAUUGGUCUCCUCAGUAUCCUGAACUGCUUGUUGCUUCAUACAACAACAACGAGGAUGCCCCCCACGAGCCAGAUGGUGUAGCCCUUGUGUGGAACAUGAAAUACAAGAAAACCACACCAGAGUAUGUCUUUCAUUGCCAGUCUGCAGUUAUGUCAGCUGCCUUUGCAAAAUUUCAUCCUAAUCUAGUUGUUGGUGGCACAUAUUCUGGUCAAAUAGUUCUGUGGGAUAACCGUAGCAAUAAAAGGACUCCGGUGCAAAGGACACCCCUCUCUGCCGCUGCUCACACGCAUCCUGUUUACUGUGUUAACGUCGUUGGAACGCAGAAUGCACAUAACUUGAUCAGCAUCUCUACAGAUGGGAAAAUGUGCUCCUGGAGUUUAGACAUGCUCUCCCAGCCACAGGACAGUAUGGAGCUCGUCCACAAGCAGUCCAAGGCUGUGGCUGUCACCUGCAUGUCCUUCCCUCUGGGAGACGUGAAUAACUUCGUGGUUGGAAGUGAAGAGGGCUCUGUGUACACUGCCUGCCGCCAUGGAAGCAAAGCUGGAAUCAGUGAGAUGUUUGAGGGUCAUCAGGGACCAAUUACUGGCAUUCACUGCCAUACUGCUGCAGGACCAGUUGACUUCUCUCAUCUCUUUGUAACGUCUUCCUUUGACUGGACAGUGAAACUGUGGACAACCAAGAAUAACAAGCCGCUGUACUCAUUUGAGGACAACUCAGACUAUGUUUAUGAUGUCAUGUGGUCUCCCAGCCACCCUGCUGUGUUUGCCUGUGUUGAUGGAGUCGGCCGGCUUGACCUGUGGAAUCUCAACAGCGACACUGAGGUUCCCACAGCCAGUAUAAUGGUGGAGGGCAAUCCUGCUCUGAAUCGCGUCCGAUGGGCUCAUUCUGGAAGAGAAAUUGCAGUUGGUGAUUCAGAUGGGCAGAUCCUCAUCUACGAUGUCGGAGAGCAAAUUGCAGUUCCACGCAGUGACGAGUGGUCUCGUUUCGCCCGAACGCUGGCAGAAAUCAAUGCCAACAGAGCCGAUGCUGAAGAGGAGGCAGCAGCUCGCUUGUCAGCCUGAUGACUGAGGACGGAUUUUGUUAAAACUUGUUUAAAAAAAAAAAAAAAACCAAACCCUUAAUGCAGGUAGUUUGUACUCUUUGCUACAUUAGCCACCGUCACAAAGACUUUCAGGACAUUCUCGAUUUAAUCCUUUUUAUUCAAUCUUACAGCGAAAAUCGUUUUUUCUAAUAUGCAAAUGGGACACUAUUUCAUUAAAAGACGGCGCUUGUUUGCGUAGUUUAACGUAUUUAUACAGAAUACUUCAGGAUGAACGAGUUUUCUUAUAGGGCUACUGACACUCAUGCUGCAUAUGAAGAUCUUUCUUUUCCAUCAGAUGGCUUUCACAAUGAAUGGCGCAAAAAAUUUUAAAAUGAUUUUCUUUUUUAAAUCCAGUACCAGCCAUAUAUUAACCAAAACAGCACAGGAACCACAAGCCUUAACGAGAAAACCUCUCCAUGAAAAUUUCACCUUUGUGUACUUUGAUUUCUUCCAAUGUUAUUCCUGUCAUUUCUGCUUCCUAAUGACGUUAACUGUCCGCUGUAAGAGGGCGUUUGUUUUAUUACUUUGUUCUGAAUUUGAGUAACGAGCUCAGCAUUUUUAGGUUGUUAGCGUGGUGUUUGCUCUUCUGAUGACAUUCCCAUUAACAGGACGAUCCCAGCGGCGUCAAAUCUCAUCUUGAGCCGCACUCCCGUGUUGGCGGGUGACGUCACAGCUCAACGGAAACAAGAGAAUGAAGGGCGAGGUUGACGCCGCUGCUGUCGAGCAUGUCGAUGAGUACGUAGUGCUGAGCGCAAUGUUAGAAAUCAACUGAUUGUAACAAAUACAGACGAAUUGAGCAUGACAAUAAAUCGGCACUGUCACUCGG